AUAGAGCCAUAAUUCCAUUAUCUCGUCUAAGCAAACGCAUUCUGUUUUCUUGUACUCCUCAUUGAUACACACACCCGCAUGUAUGUGUGUGUGUUUUGCGCACACAUAUAUACACACAAACAUACCUAUUGUGAGAGAGAGAGGAAAAAAAAAGAGAAGUGGUAUCAAAUGGAGAAGGCAGCACCUAAUAACAAGAAGCUCAAAAACAAGAUUUUGAAGCUUCUUCCAAAGGCGAUCUCAUUCCAAAACAUCCCCUUCAGCCCGCGCCGAGACACCCGGCCCGAUAGGCCCAAAACCCACCACAACAAAGCUUUCUCCGGCCCGAUCAUCCCGGCCGAGGCCCGUCGCAAGCUCAGGAGCUUCGAAACGUUCACACACGAGCCGACUUCUCCGAAGGUCACGUGCACGGGCCGGGUCAAGCACAAGGGCAGGAUUUCAGAGAAGACGAAGACGAAGAAGAAGCAAGUUUCUUUACCCAAAGAGUUCAAGCCCGUUUCUCUCCCACAACCCGCGAAGAAGAAGAAGAAGAAGAAGGCGGGGGUGAUAAAGAAGUUUUUGAGGGGAGAGAGGAAGUGCGUUGAGCCCUCGGAUCGGGCCGGGCCGGAGGGUGGAAGCGCGCCGAGCCUGAGCCACAUGAGGAAAUUCGCGAGCAGCCGCGACACGUUCGCGAAUUUCGAUUGGGCGACGGCGGCGCAGAUUGCGCCGGAGGAUUGCUCCGAUGGAGAGAGGGCCUAUAGCGACGGCGACUAUGACGACGACGAGUGCGGAGUACCUUUCUCGGCGCCGAUAUUGACCGGCGGCGAAUUGGAGCCGAAGAAGGAGAUUAAUUUGUGGAAGAGAAGGACCAUGGCUCGGCCUAGGAGUCUUGAGUUGGACUUGGAUGAAUAAAGAAAAUUAAUUAGGAUAAAUUAUGAAUUUUGUUUCUUUUUUUUUGAUGAUAAUAUUUGAUUUUGUCGUUCGUUGUAGGUUCAUUUAAAAGUUUGUAAAAUCUUGUUGUACAUAUGGCUAGAGGAGGGUGGUAACUAAUUUACCGUAAUAACUAAUAACUCUCAAUUCUGUGUAUUAAAAUUAUCAACACAAAAAUAUAAUUAUAUCAAUACAACUUGUAAAUUUAAAUAUCAA